AUUGGCCCUGGCAACUGCGGAACAAAGUUCAGCCUAUACGGAGUCAACUACAUCACUGGGCCAUCGUAACGAUUCACCUCCAGUCUCCGUGAACGCGUCGUCGAGAACGUCGGUCACUACAAGGAGGAGAAUUGUUCUCGGGGAUCAGAGAGAGAAAGAAAGAGAGAGAGAGAGAGAGAGAGAGAGAGAGAGAGAUCCAUCUUCUAUAUUUGUAAAAAAAAUUAUUGCCGAUUCCGCAGAGUAACGUUUGGAAUAGAGAAAUAUAAUACCUAAGAAUACGUAAAGAGAAAAAAAAGGAAAGAAGCGAGGCCACGAUUGACGAAGCGGUUUGCAAUCUCACGAGAUAUCGACUCAGCGAUUAUGGUGACCUGCCUGACUUUUACAACUUUGUCAGUAAAAUUAAUAUUGCGCAAAUUACGCGCCAAUCCUGUUGGAAUUUAGAAAGAAAUACAGAAAUCGCCAGUUUAAAUUGACUUAAUUUGAAAGUUAUAAAUAUCGAUAUACCAGAACUACUGAAAUAUAAUUUGAACAUUCGUCUUAAAUAUAUUUACAAAGUCAUGAAGAUCGAUGGUACUUGAAGAUAUUUAAAUUCAGGUUAUUAAUUGAAUUCAGUGUCGAACUUAGUGUUAAACUCAGUCGACGAAAUAAUGUCGAUAAUAUCAACGUGUAAAUUGUUUUCGAUGUCUAAACUCGAGUAAAUCAUCACGAAUAAAUCAUCAGCGGAUUAACCUACGUGGUUAAAUCAAAGAGUAAAGAAGAAGUCGAAUUAAAGAAGAAUCAGUUCCAUCUGGAUUGCGGUGGAAAAAUGCGUCUCUUCAUGGAAAUCUUUUUUAUUCUUCUCAUAGGGAGUAUCGCAGCUCAAUGGGCGAUCAGCCCUCUGAGAAUACACACAUUGCUACCCCAUUUGUCGUCCGAAUCGUCAAUCAACAAAGAGGCUGACUGCACCGGUUGCGCACAAAAUAAAGUUAAUGUGAUUGAAUCUGACCCGCUGUUGACCGAGCUUAGAGUGGAGUACGUGAAGCAGCAGAUUCUGAAGAAACUACGACUGUCAAAACCGCCCGAAGUCUCGAUGCCACUGUCGACCUUGCCUAAACCUUUAAUCAACGGUAAUGUUCUUCGACCCAGUUUAGAAAGACCGGCAGAGAACUUCUACGGGAAAACCAACCAGGUCGUCGUGUUCCCAAACGAAGGUGUAGCCGAUUCGACGCAAUACCAUCAGAGCUCGAAUCACAUAACAGGAUUCAAUCCAGCGGUCUGUUUCACGUUCUACUUGCCGAAUGAGAUGCUGUACGUCGACGUGAUCUCGGCAGAGCUUUGGUUUUACAAGGAACAGGUCGAAAACAUCGAUGAGCUCAAGCAGACAUUCGUGCUAUCUGAACUCGAUCACUGGGACCAGGGCGGUAGAUUCGAAAAGAACACCUUUAUGGCAAUCUUUGAGACCGAUAUCAAAGAGGGUUGGGUAAAGAUAGAUAUGAAGUUUAUGGUGAAGAAAUGGAUAGGUCGACGUCGAUUGAACCAUUCCAUUCAGAUAGCCUGCACAACCUGUUCGACCGAUCACGAUAAAGCGCCUGUGUCGAUCGAACAGACUCUGAAACCGUUUCUAGUAAUCCAUACGGAGCCAUUGCCACAACGGAACAGGCCCAAGAGGCACUCGAAUUGCGUACCCGAGAUGACGGAUUGCUGUCGGGACGAGCUCUAUAUUAAUUUUAAGGAUAUCGGCUGGAGCGACUGGAUCUUACACCCCACCGGAUAUCAUGCGUAUUUCUGUCGAGGAUCCUGCUCCACAGCGACAUCUUUAACCGUCAGCGGUUCCCAAUACAACAGCAUUAUCAUGAAAUUGUUAACUAAGGACGGAGGACAACAAAAGAACAAGAUAAUGCCAUGCUGCUCGCCGACGCAGCUUGCCCCACUCCAGCUACUCUACAUUAACACGAACAACACGCUCACACAGAAAACAUUGCCGAACAUGGUAGUAGAAGCUUGUGGUUGCAUGUGAUACCGCUGCUCCGAAGGCAGAGGGUGAGUAGAAUCACAACCGUUGAUGACGCCAAGAAGACGAGAACCAACAUCUCAUCUCGUUCGAGACUUUUUGCUCGUGAUUAAUUGUUGUGAAACUGAACUUGGUUGAAUGCUCACAAAAUCCAUUCAUCUUGAUAUGAACAUGAAGAAAUCGAAGCAACGAUCGCCGCUUCGAGAUAGUAGGUGAUUAAAAAUAAGACACGCUAUUGUCACAUCACGCGAGUUCACUUUCUAUCGCGUUGCAUUAUAAAUAAUUAAUCCUUUAAUGUGCGCGCGCGCGCGCGCGCGUGUGUAUGUGUGUGAGUAGUGGUGAUGGUGAUUUUUAGAACGUUUCUAGGAAAGUAAGAUCGAAUUCAAUCCGGUGCUCUGUUUUGAUCAAUUUUUAUCUAAUUAGUGUAUAAAAUGACUAAAAUAA